UGAACCUGAAAAGCUCUAGCACGGAGCUUGAACCGGAGUUGCGUUGGUGUGAAUGAGAUGGAUCAGGUUUCGGACGACGAGUUGGACCAUGGGGCCGAGGAGGACAGCGAUAAGGAGGAUCAGGACCUGGACAAAAUGUUUGGAGCCUGGCUUGGAGAGCUGGACAAGCUUACACAGAGUCUGGAUGACGGCAGGCCUCAGAAGCCUCUGCAGAAGGCUCCUCUCAGGCAGGAGACAAACAUGGCAAACUUCUCCUACCGCUUCUCCAUGUAUAACAUAAACGAGGCGUUGAACCAGGGCGACACAGUGGACCUGGACGCCCUGAUGGCCGACCUGUGCUCCAUCGAACAAGAACUCAACACCAUUUCCAAACCCAACUCUGCGUCUCACGGGCAGACCAAAGGCCAGCCUCGAGCCCCCGGAGGGCGGAGUGCCAGCACCAAGCACACGGGCACCAGCGGAGGGGGGAGCAGCGGAGGAAGCACCAGUAGCAGCACCCGUGCGUCGCCGGCCAACACGGUGCGGGGGGGCAGCGUCAACGCCCGCCCCGCCGCCUCCAACAUCUCCCUGGACGACAUCACCUCUCAGCUGGAGAAGGCCUCGCUCAGCAUGGACGAAGCUGCUCGCCAGACCUCGUCUUCCUCCUCCUCCUCCUCUUCUUCUUUCUCCUCCACCACGCUGCGGCGGCCCUCGUCGGGCUCGUCCGGCGGAGGAGGAGGAGGGGGGGGGCAGCACAGGAGGACGGGCUCAGUGGGCGCGGUCAGCGAACAGGAAGCCCCCUCCCAGAGGUCCAGUGUAAACUCUGCGUGCGCCUCGGCCUCCAGCAUGGACUCUCUGGACAUCGAUAAAGUGAUGGCAGGCGGAGAGGCGGAGGGCCCUGGCUCACAGGGGCCAAACCAGAGCAGCACAGAGCCUGUCACACUGCGGCGGGCCAGACGGCAGCUUGACUUCUCCUCACGGGAGGGGGAGGUGGACCGGGCCACUCACUCCUAUCUGGACCGAGAAACCUCACUCAUUCUGAAAAGCAUAGCAGGAAAGCCUUCUCACCUCCUGACCAAGGAGGAGCAAGCUGCCAAACUGAAGGCAGAGAAGAUCCGAGUCGCCCUGGAGAAAAUCAAGGAGGCACAGGUCAAAAAGCUGGUGAUCAGGGUCCACAUGUCGGACGAGAGCUCUAAGACCAUGAUGGUGGACGAGAGGCAGACAGUCAGGCAGGUGCUGGACAGCCUGCUGGAUAAAUCCCACUGUGGAUACAGCCCUGACUGGGCUCUGGUGGAAACCAUCAACGAGCUGCAGAUGGAGCGCAUUUUCGAGGAUCACGAGAACCUGGUGGAGAAUCUUUUGAACUGGACCCGGGACAGCCACAACAAGCUGAUGUUCAUCGAGCGCAUCGAGAAAUACGCUCUCUUCAAGAACCCCCAGAACUACUUGCUGGGGCGGAAGGAGAUAUCAGAAAUGGCUGACAGGAAUAAAGAGGCGUUAUUAGAGGAGUGUUUCUGCGGCGGCUCGGUGUCCGUGCCGGAGAUCGAGGGCAUCCUGUGGCUGAAGGAGGACGGCAAGAAGUCGUGGAAGAAACGUUACUUCCUCCUCAGAGCUUCGGGCAUCUACUACGUCCCCAAAGGCAAAGCCAAGGCGUCCAGAGAUCUGGUGUGCUUCCUGCAGCUGGACCAUGUGAACGUGUAUUACGGCCAGGACUACCGCAGCAAAUACAAGGCGCCGACUGACUACUGCCUGGCCCUGAAGCAUCCACAAAUCCAGAAGAAGUCCCAGUACAUCAAGUAUCUGUGCUGCGAUGACGUCAGGACCCUGCACCAGUGGGUGAAUGGGAUUCGCAUUGCCAAGUAUGGCAAGCAGCUAUACGUGAACUACCAGGAAGCCAUGAAGAGGACAGAGGCGGCCUACGAUUGGUCCUCUCUCUCGACCGCCAGCAUCCGAUCAGGCUCCAGCUCCGCCAGCAUACCUGAGUCCCAGUCUAAUCACUCAGGCCACUCGGACAGUGGCGUGGACACGGGCUCGUCUCACGGCCGCUCCCAGAGUGUGGUGAGCUCCAUCUUCUCUGAAGCCUGGAAGAGAGGGACCCAGAUCGAGGAAAGCUCCAGGGCAUCCAGAGGGGCCACCCUGCCGCACGCUUCCCACGGUCACCGGCACCACAGCCAGCACUCGGCUGAUAUCCCCGCCCUGACGCCCUCCCCCCAACCUCAGCUGCAGCAACAGCAUCAGCAGCAACAGCAACAACAACAACCACCACAACAACAACAACAACAACAACAGUUUCCACCACAGCAACAACAACUUCCUCCCCAGCAACAACAUCCACCACAGCCUCCACCACAGCAACAACUUCCUCCACAGCAACAGCAUCAACAACAUGAACAACAACAACAACAACAACAACCACCACAGUUUCAGAAACCACCACAAUUUCAGCAACCACCACAGUUUCAGCAACAACAUCCACCACAGCCUCCACCACAGCAUCAACAACUUCCUCCACAGCAACAGCAUCAACAACAUGAACAACAACAACAACAACAACCACCACAGUUUCAGAAACCACCACAAUUUCAGCAACCACCACAGUUUCAGCAACAACAUCCACCACAGCCUCCACCACAGCAACAACUUCCUCCACAGCAACAGCAUCAACAACAUGAACAACAACAACAACAACAACAACCACCACAGUUUCAGAAACCACCACAGUUUCAACAACCACCACAUUUUCAACAACAACAUCCACCACAGCAUCAACAACUUCCUCCACAGCAACAGCAUCAUCAUCAACAACAACCACAGUUUCAACAACAACCACAGUUUCAACAACAACCACAGUUUCAACAACAACAUCCACCACAGCAACAACAACUUCCUCCACAGCAUCAUCAUCAACAACAACCACAGUUUCAGCAACAACCACAGUUUCAGCAACAACCACAGUUUCAGCCUCCUCCACAGCACCUUCCACAGUAUCAGCACCCAUCAAUGCACCCCCACACCCCUCCCCAGCACCAGCCCCCUCCCCCCCAACAGCACCCUCCCCUCCAACAGGCCCCCCCUCCCCAGUACACUCAGCGUCCUCCGCCCUCCCCUCAGUCUCCACAGCAGCAGCCCAUCAGCAGCUACAACAACCACAUGCCCCCCCAGCAGGUGGCUCCUCCCCCCCAGCAGGUGGCUCCUCCCCCCCAGCAGGUGGCUCCUCCCCCCCCACCUCCGCCUCCCCCUCCUCCCCUUCCCCCAGUACACAUCGUGUCAAACCACUCCCCCGCGCUCACCAUGUACAAGUUUAGCACCAUCACCAGGCUGCAGAACCAGAAGGGGAACCAGCCGCUCAAUCAGAGGCUUCCGGGGCACCUCCAUGCUAUUGGUCAUCAGGUUCUGCCCGUUGGCCCGAUUCCGGUCAAACCAAACCCCAAUCACAUCGCAGCACGGACUAAUGUCCCGCCCCCCCCUCCGCCUCCCCCCCCUCCCCCGCCUCCCUCCAUGCCGGCCCCAGGUUCAGCCAUGGCCGUGUUGAGGCUGGGCCCCUCGAGCCCGCUGCCCCCCCCCGCCUUCAUCCCACCCCCCCCAGCACUUCCACCUGCUCCACAGACCAAUGGCCUAGCCUUCCCUCCCCCUCCGGCUCCCAUCAGCCACCCUGUCUACAGCACCGGGUUGAAGCAGGCGCUGAAGGAGAGGUUUCCCAGCCCGCCGCGGGACCUCCCCUCUCCAAAUGAACUCGAGGAGUCCCCCCCGCCUGCCCCUGCUCCGACACCCCCACCUCCCCCUCCACCCCCACCACCCCCACCUCCUCCCCCCCAGCAGUUCCCAGUGCCGGCCCACUUCCCACCUCCUCCUGCACCCAAAACCUUCACCCCAGGGUUUGUCCCUCAUGCUACCCCCAAACCUGUCUCACCUGUCUUCCCUUUCCCUCCUGCCCCACCUCCUGCCAGCCUGGGUGGCCCCCCCCCCCCCGCCACCUCCCCCUCCUCCCCCACCUGCACCCUUCAAGAAGCAGUUCAGCCUCCAAAACUCUGGCCCUCCACCUCCGACUUUCCCCAAGCAGCACAGCCUGUCUAAACAAACAGGGGCUCCUGCUCUCUCUCUGGUGAAGCAGCUGGCCAGUCAGUUUCCGGGAGCUUCCUCCCCAGCAGCCAAUCACACGGAGAGCCCCAAAGCCCCCCUCUCCCCCCCUGCAGUCAAAACCAAACCAAGAUGGCAGCCAGGAGGCAGCCAGCAGCUUCAGUCUCCAGAGUUCCCUCCUCCUCCUCCGGACGGCAGCGCUGGCUUCCCUCCAGCCCC